AUGGCAAUCACCAAGAUCCACGCCCGCUCGGUCUACGACUCUCGUGGUAACCCCACCGUCGAGGUCGAUAUUGUUACCGAGACUGGUCUUCACCGCGCCAUCGUUCCCUCAGGUGCCUCCACCGGCUCCCACGAGGCAUGCGAGCUCCGCGAUGGUGACAAGAGCAAGUGGGCCGGCAAGGGUGUCACCAAGGCCGUUGCCAACGUGAACGAGAAGAUCGCCCCGGCUCUCAUCAAGGAGAACCUUGACGUCAAGGACCAAUCCGCCAUUGACAACUUCCUCAACAAGCUCGACGGCACUGAGAACAAGACUACCCUUGGUGCCAACGCCAUCCUCGGUGUUUCCAUGGCUGUCGCUAAGGCCGCCGCUGCCGAGAAGCGCGUCCCUCUCUACGCACACAUCAGCGACCUUGCUGGCACCAAGAAGCCCUACGUCCUGCCUGUUCCAUUCAUGAACGUGCUUAACGGUGGCUCACACGCCGGCGGUCGUCUUGCCUUCCAGGAGUUCAUGAUCGUUCCCACUGGUGCUCCCACCUUCAGCGAGGCCAUGCGCCAGGGUGCUGAGGUCUACCAAAAGCUCAAGUCGCUCGCCAAGCAGAAGUACGGCCAGUCCGCUGGCAACGUUGGUGACGAGGGUGGUGUCGCUCCUGACAUCCAGACUGCCGACGAGGCCCUCACCCUUAUCACCGAUGCUAUUGAGCAGGCUGGCUACACCGGUCAGGUCAAGAUCGCCAUGGAUGUCGCCUCAUCCGAAUUCUACAAGGCCGAGGAGAAGAAGUACGACCUGGACUUCAAGAACCCUGACAGCGACAAGAGCAAGUGGGUCACAUACGAGCAGCUUGCCGACCAAUACCGAGAACUCGCCCAGAAAUACCCCAUCGUCUCGAUCGAGGACCCCUUCGCUGAGGAUGACUGGGAAGCUUGGAGCUACUUCUACAAGAACUCCGACUUCCAGCUCGUCGGUGAUGACUUGACCGUCACCAACCCUGUCUUCAUCAAGAAGGCCAUCGAGACCAAGGCUUGCAACGCGCUCCUGCUCAAGGUCAACCAAAUUGGCACCAUCACUGAGGCUAUCCAGGCAGCCAAGGAUGCUUACGGUGCCGGCUGGGGUGUCAUGGUUUCUCACCGUUCGGGAGAGACCGAAGAUGUCACCAUCGCUGACAUCGCUGUCGGUCUCCGCUCGGGACAGAUCAAGGCUGGUGCGCCUGCGCGUUCCGAGCGUCUUGCCAAGCUGAACCAGAUUCUUCGCAUCGAGGAGGAGCUUGGUGCCAACGCCGUCUACGCUGGCGCAAACUUCCGCACUGCUGUCCAACUGUAA